GGUCAGUCUUGCGGAACAGGUGCAAAAUGUGCUGCUUUUGCCACUUUUGAAAAGUGACGUUCGUGUAUCAGCUUGGAGCAGAAGCUUGAACCAUCAGCAGACGACAUAUGCCGCGGCAGAUGCUUAUGCUGGAUUUCGUCUGUACAAUAAGCUAGAUAACGAGCGGAAAGCGAUGACGCCCACUCCACCGCGACCUGCAUAUUUCGAAACCGGCAAGCCUCUUAUUCUUGGCAACGGACAGGCUGUGCAGAGGUCGAAGGUCCGUUCGCGAGUCGCGGCCAAGAAGACAGCUUCCGGUGAGGCAGCCGAUGAUGGUGAGGAUGAUGAUGUCUUCUUUGAUGCUUUGGAGGAGCUGCCGGAUACCUACGAGCUGGGCAGUCUUGAAGCUGAGUCAGCGUCCACAGAAGCUGUAAACGCGGCAUCGGAAGAGGCUUCUGAAGCCAUCAACACUGUUAUUCAUCCCAAGCUACCACCACUGGAGCCUACCACGACCACGUCAGCAGCGAAGCCCACAUUGAGACCAGCUUCAUCCCGACCAAAGCCUCAGGCCCUGUCCAACCCACAGACCACUCUCGCCGACAACUGGAUCUCCUCUCUCGUGACAAAGCCUUCUAAACUCGGCCACUCCACCCUCCGAGCAUACCAUCUCUGGCACAACCAAAACUUGAGCGUUCAAGAAGUCGCAAAGUCCUGCAGAGAACCUCCUCUCGCGUCGACUACGGUGGCAAGCUAUAUCAUGCAAGCCAUCAAAGAGGAGAACCUCCCUUAUCAAAGCGAAAGGUUGAAAGAUGUCCUUCAAUGUCUGCCGAGAACCGUUUGGGGCGCUUAUUGGAAGUGGGUGAAGGAGUGUGGCCUUGGAUCGUAGGUGGGGAGGAAGAUCUUUGUGGAUGGUGAUGUGUACGGUAAAUAGAUCUAGAUACCAUGGGAAAGUUUCUUCUCGACUCUG